AUGCGCGCCACGCCUCUCCGAACAAUGCGCGCAACCUCCUUGCUCCGGAGCAUCCACCCCGUAACCCAAGGCCCGGCACUGACGUACGCCCUCGGUCUGUCGUACGCAGCAAAGCAAUCCCCGCCCUUCGUGCCCUCCUCGUACCAACCCGGGUCAGCAGGGUUCGCGGGCCAAAAGACGCCCCUGGGACGAUGGGUCGAUCUCAUGAAGAGUCUGCCUGCCGGUCGAGGAGAAUUGAGAAAGACGAAUGUGGAAGAGGGGCAGGAAGAUCUCAGUGAUGGAGGCUGGGGCAUCGAUACGGCUUGGCAGGUGCGGAAAUGGGGCGCGGGAGAGGAUUUCUUUGCUGUUGUUGAUGGGGGGAACUUUGGUCGUCUCCAACGGCCCAAGAUCCGCCUCAUAUCGCCCCCUUCUCGUCGUGGCCGGAGGACUCCUAGCCGGAGGACUCGUUUUCCACCACAGCUCACUAAUCCCGCGACUCGAGCUGACUUCCAGACGCACGUCGCGCUCUCCGACGGCGUAGGCGGCUGGGCGCCCGACUACGACCCGUCGCUGUACAGCCAAGCGCUGAUGUACCACUACGCGAAAGCGGCGCAGGCGCAGCCAUCCAUUGCGCCGUGGGAGGGAUUGAAGAAGGCGUACGCGGCCGUUGAGGCGGAUAAGCACGUCGAGGCCGGGAGCGCGACGGCGUGUGCGUGGAACCUCGCCGAGGACGGGAGCGCGAGGGGUGUAAACCUCGGCGACUCGGGCUUCUCCGUCAUCCGCCGGGACGACAGCGCGUUCCACUCCUCCCCGCAGACGCACUACUUCAACUGUCCCCUGCAGCUGUCCAAGAUCCCACCCAAGCUCCGCGGCCAGGGCGUCAUCAUGGACAAGCCCGAGAUGGGCGAGAAGUUCGAGGUCAAGCUUGGGUCCGGGGACGUCAUGAUUCUCUAUUCCGACGGCCUCUCCGACAACCUCCCGAUGGAGCACGUGCAGCAGCUGAACACGGCGAUCGGCGACCUGCUCCGCUCCGAGGCGAACGUGCACCUGACUUCCGAGGAAAGGGCGCACGAGCACGCGCGCUUGCUCGCCGACGUGCUCGUCGCUGCGGGCCGGAAUGCGAUGACGCGCACGGGCAAGGAGGAGGGCGGCAAGGGAUGGAAGACGCCGUUCGAGAUCGAGGCAAAGAAGAACGGCAAGAACUGGCCCGGCGGCAAGAUUGACGAUGUCUGUGUGCUGGUUGCUGUGGCCAAUAACAAGAUCUAG